AUAUGGAAAGCUGUGAAAGCCUGUUUGCAGAUGAAGAGAAAGGUCCCAAUGACUGUCCCAAGAGACUAAGGGUAUAUCAUAUGUGUAGGACUACCUAUGCUAGCAAAUGUUGCAUACAAAAAUAUUGCAUACAGUUAAACAUCACACACAAUGUAUAAACCUAUUACAAUUGGAGCAGGCCAACCCUGCUGGAGGUCUGCUGGGUUCUGUUUCAGCCCAGCAAUAACACACAUGAUUCAACUCAUCAAAUCUAAUGAGUUGAUAAUCAAGUGUGCUUUUGCUGGGCUGGAAUAGAAGUUUGCUCACCCAGUAGAUCAGGGAUCAGUGGAGCUUUAGUAAUAAUAGCCUACUUUAUACUACUGAAUUAUCUAUUGUUGUUUAGACCAAGAUGUUUAAUCUUUACAUACGAGUUAGCUUAAUUGUACAUUUAAGUGUUGAUUAUUUUGAAGUGAAGUGUUGAAACUUUUUAAAUUGUUGAUGAACUACUGUCAAUGUUGAUUAAUCACAUCACAAUACUGCAAUAAAGAAGGGAAGGGGUUCUGUCUGUAAUGUCAGUUUCUGUGUUGUAUUCUCAAAUUAACAUUUCCUUUCUAGUUGUAAACUCUCCAAUCUGUUUUAUUUGAUUGUCACUCUCAGUAUAACAGCUAUGUUAAUUCAUUUUGCAGCCAUAGGCCUACAGCAUGAUGGCAUUACUGGCCUUAUGGGCAUAUGUCAUCUGAAGCAGAGAAUAGCUAAAGUCACACCUUGUUUACAUGUUGCAUAUGUUCUCAAUUUAAAAAUGAUACCAGAUUUUUUUUUUUUUUUUUUUUACAUGCGUUUUAAGUGCUGACAUUCAAUUGUUUAGUGCAUAUCCAACCCUUGUAAUUUAGGUACAGGAUGAAAAUAAGGAGAUGACAAUUAGGCUACAGAAGAUGAGCAUUUCAGGUAACAUUUCAUGAGAUUCAUUUAAUUUAAUUCAUUUUAGCAAUGUUGCAAGCAAAAUGAUUGUAGUUGUGCCCAUAGAUUAACAGUACAUGGUUGAUCUAUGUUAGAGGUCUUCGACCUGUUCCGAAAUGGAUCCGUGGCUUUCCAACCUGACCAAAUAUGCAUAUAUUAUUAAUUUUUUAAACAAAGACCCGUUCCGAGUGGACCCGGGGACAGAGUAGAAAGAGUGAGAGAAAGAAACCUCCAACUGGGCGCUGCCAGCGCCAUCAAUAAAUGAGCGAUGUUGGCCAAAUGAUCCACAGUUGGGUCGUACGUGUCCUUACCUGCCUAUAACAAACACUUCGAUGUGUAGCAUAUUCAAAACUUUAUAGCCUAUUUUAUUGUUUUUACUGUCCUCAAACAAUAAUUGCCCACCUCACCGUUCAGCUGUCGGUUAUUUGAGCGCUAAAUGCAUCAGAUACUUGUCCCUCAUGCUAGCUUUUACAGCCUUCACAUUUUUUUUUUUUUAUAAAUAUUGAUUGUAGACCAUUUCUCCCCGCUUGCUUUAGCUCAUCUCGAAAUCACAGAAAAAUGCUGAGAAACCCAGCGUGCUUCAAACGUUCUAAAAUGUUUUGUCACCCGUGCUUGCUUUGUUGACAUUUAGUCCUCAUGCACUGUUGCUCCUACCGCACUAAUCUGGUGAGCACCUUUGGAACUCCGCCCAAGUAAGGCAUUUGAUUGGUUUGACGUGUUGCAAGGUGUCAAUGCUUUACAACGGGUUCCGACCAAUGAUUUGUUUAUAUACAAACAUUUACAUGUGCACAGUAUUCCAGAUAGUAGCUCAUAUACCGCUUAAGGUCUUAUUCGGGAUAAGCUGUUUACAUGCACCUUUGAUAUCCCGCUCAUGAUUAUCCCUGUAUCCGUGAAUAAGCAUAACUAAUUUAAGUAUAUGGGUUAAAUGGAAUAGUAACUGAAAUAUGGAAACUGACUGUAUGUAGGCCUAUAACCUCUCACAUGUUGCGUAAUAUUAACUCCUGCAGAAUUAUGCAGUUCUUGCAGUGAAAUUAUACAACAAAUGUUAAUUUGGGACAGGAAUGGAGAAAUAUGAUUUCUUUCUUUCAGCAUCUCCUCUUGAGAAAAUGCGAAUAUGCAUGUAAUGUGUUAUCUUUGACACUUAUGCAAGCAGACAGUAUUUCAACCACAUAAAAUAUGCACCCAAGACCCACUGUGAAGUCUUAUCAGAAACGUGUUUCGUCGUUUUCUCAGUUUUUAAUUUCCUUAAAACCAAUCUUUCCACUGUUUUGGAGGCAUUGCGUUUUCUCCCAAGUCCCUAAACCAAACAGACAACUUUACCGGUGUUAACUAGAUUACUAAUGCAUUCCUUCUAUCGAUGUAAGACAGUAUUCUGGGGCAACAAGUUAUGACAGAAGAGAAGCUGCAUGUAUCAAACUAUAGUUGACAAACAAAUGGCCUACCAAAUGUCGGAAAUUAUAAGCAGAAACGUGUCUAAAUUAGGGGUGAACGUAGCCAGUAGUAAAUGUAAUUAUUAUUGUUGUGGAUUGAACUGCGCAGGUAGCCUACUUUUUUUUGAAGUGAUUUGUUUGACAAUCAGAUGAAAACAUCACACAAGACCCAUGAUAUGCGAAACUGAGCCUGCGCUGACCGCAAAAACAACAGUAAACAGGAUAAGAUGUUUACAUGCCCCAGUAUCCUGUCUUUGAUCAGCAUUUCCCAGGCAUUUUAUCGGGGUUUCUCAUAAUCGGGAUAUAAGCUUUUUUUUAGGUUGUUGUAAACGGAAUAUGUUUGUGUCAACUCAAAAACACAAUAAUUCAGUAUCCCUAAUAAUAACUGGACAUUGGUGUGCAUGUGAAGUGGUCACUGAUACCGACCCCUCUAGCUGAUUUCUGCCAUGGAACUUGGUCACGGCUAGAAGGGAUGCAGCUUUUGUCGAAUUAACGUCUGAUUUGACGUUUCAUAGCAGGUUAGUAGAAUUUACGCAUCAGGUUAGGAGAAUUAUGAAAAGGGUUAGGUUUAGCUAAAACGCACAAAAUUGGACAAAUGCUGGAACCCUUCUAGCCAUGACGAGUCUUAUUUUUGCCUAUGUGAACCCUAGCCACUGAAUUAUCAGAUAAGGCACAGCAUUACCCACUAGAUGUCGCUGUUAACCAAGUUCUCGAGUGUGGUGUGAGAAUUCUCUACAUGCGCCCCUAACAAAAAGUAAUUAUUUUCCUUGCAAAAGGAUAAAUAACGCUGUCAUUUCCAAUGCUUCGUAUGUAUCUUUUGUAUUUCCUUUAUUUUGUCAUUCAGUCCUGUAUGUAUGGCAUGGUCAUGCAUGUCUCCAGCUUUUAUUUCAAUGCUUAAAAUAAAUAUAUUGUUCUGCAGGUACAUGGUUUGCUCAAAUCAAAUUGUAUUUGUCACAUGCGCCGAAUACAACAGGCGUAGACCUUACCGUGAAAUGCUUACUUACAAGCCCUUAACCAACAAUGCAGUUCAAGAAAUAUUAACUAAAUAAACUAAAGUAAAAAAUAAAAAGUAACACAAUAAAAUAACAAUAACGAGGCUGUUUACAGGGGGUACCGGUACCGAGUCAAUGUGCGGGGGUACAGCUUAGUCGAUGUAAUUUGUACAUGUAGGUAGGGGUAAAGUGACUAUAUGCAUAGAUAAUAAACAGCGAGUAGCAGCAGUGUAAACAUUAUUAUUUUUUUGCUGCUGAACUGUAUAUGCUUAAUGUAUGUAGGCCUAUUUGCUUUCCUACCAUGACUGUAAUUAUGGACAAUAUGGACAUUUGUCCAUGUUGUCUGGUAAGUUGGUAGGCUACUUACUGAGGCGCAAAGUCUGCAAAGAGUCUGUUCAUGACCGCGGCUAAUGUGGUUCACUUCUGCGUAACGUACAGUAAGCACCUAACGUAGCCUGCGUAAAAAAAAAGUAGGCACUUGAUGCUCUCCCCGCAACGAUUGGUCAGCCACAUUACCAUCUGUAGCCAAUGGGCACAAUGUUGCUAUGCUGUAAUGUUACAUUGAUUGGUUCCCUUGACUGUCAGUCUACCCCAGACGGGGUACUGUCUUUGGGCAAACGGUGCGCUCUACAGUCAGUAUCCGAUGAACAUCCUCCGCUACUUCUUGAGCGUUGAAGUCAACGCAUAGAAGAAAACCCUCUAAAUGGAAUGAGCAGGAUUUGCAACACAAAGUUGUGAUUUGCAAAGUACUAGAGGCGACGAUUGAAUUUUCUCUAUCCAAAGGUAAAGUCAAUGCUUAUUGUUAUUGCACAACUGUACAGGUAGGUUUAAAACGGACUGCAUCUUGUCCGAAAGUUCAUAACGGUGCCUGAGACAAGAUUAUAACUAAUUGACAACAAUUACACAAUAACAUUUCUGACCGAAUAUGCUUGGUGUAUAACCUGCGGGUAUAGUGUAUGACGCGAGUAGAAUUGAUGUCGAAUGUCCGCAGUGGCACUGGAUGCGCUGGUUCCGAUUACACAAAAUUGGCAGUGGCGUAUUCUGCACCACGGCUGCACUAUAGUCUACCCUACGACUGUGCAUGCGCGCGAUGGAAGUGGAAAUUGCAAAGAGGAAUGCGUUAUGAAAUUCAAUUGGUUCUGACUUGUUUUUGUUGACAGUUUUGUCCAAUGUUGACAAUAAGUUUUCAUUACUUCUGCCAUAUUAAUAUAAUUGACAGGCUUAAAUUGGUUGUUUUAACAGCUAUUCAAAAUGUUACCAUCGUUUGGUGGUUGUAUUAUAAUUCCUAGUGGUUGUAUUAUAAUUCCUAAUUCUAUGGUUGUAAAAAUGUAACAUCGAUGUCCUUGUCAAAGGUUCGACAAUACUGAUGACCUGAUAUGUUGGCUAUCGUUUUUCUCUUGUCCAUUGUUGAGUUCCUACAACACCAUACCAGAAUAGUGAAUCCAGUUUUAUGGUGGGCCACAUAAACAGAUGACAGCUGGUUCCCCUUGAUUAGUCUCAUAGAUCUAGUUUACUCUAAAUCAGCUUGACCAAGUUGGCAGAGGGGGAAAGGGUAGCUAUUUUCACUUGGACAUGUCAUUGUCUUCUGACUUAGGUUCAGUGACGUGUACUAAUGGAUGCCAAGGGAAGCCAGGCUUCCAAACAUUUUUUUUAUCAAAAAAGAAAUAAAUAAUAAUGUCUCUUUAUGUGUUUCAUAAUUGUCCUUCAAUUCGCAAGAGGCUGGAUGGAUCUCACAGGAGAAGGCAUUCGAGCGAGCAAAACAGAGCCCCUCUGUCGCUCUACGUGUAGGCCAUCUAUCUGAUACUGUCUGGUCCAAAAGAGUAGGACAUUGUUGCCGCCUGUAGCAUUGAAUGUAAGGGAAGCCAGCGAACAUUUGGCCUCCCUUGACAAAAGUAUUUAAAAUGUAUCCAAUCAGCGUCGUUGAGCUAAACUGAGCGAACUCAACUGUGAAUGGGUCCUGGCAGAAAAAAGUGUCAAGGGAAGCCAGCUUGGAUUUGGCGUCGCUCCUAUCAAAUCGCUUUGAGAGCAUGUCAUUAACAGAAACAACUUGAAUUGUUGCAUCUCAUUGUGUUGUUGGCCUCCGGUGGCUAGCUAGCUAAAAUUGGCCCAUUCCUAAAUUAGCGAUUGAUGGAAAUAGGGAUUUGGACUUGUGGUUUUACUUAAUUCUCCAUACUGGCCAAUGAUUAUAACGGCGAUUCUGAUCCAUUAAUUCAUACAUUGUUGUGCCCCUGGCCUGAGAGGAUGGAAGUUCAAUAUGUAGCUAGAUGUAGAAGGCUAGUGUUAACUAGCUAACGUUGCCCAUGAAUUGAAGUUAGGCUAGCGAGCAAGCAUUUUAACCAGGUAGCCUAGGACAACAAAAAAUAAAAGCGUGUACUGUAUGACAGAGUGAUAUACCAUUUCGUCAACAUGAAAGAGAGGAGGAUGGCAUUGCCGUUUCUCUACAAGUAGGGUGAGUCAACAUGUUUUUCUACGUGCACGAACGCAUGCAACAACACACACAAACGGAAAUCAGAACCAUGGACAGCCACAUCAUAUUAGCUUAUGUUGAUUGGACUAAAUAGUUUUUGGUAUCUUUUAGUUGUCACUGUAUUAGACUACGCAGAGGUGAUUUGAUGAUGUUGAAAUGGUGACGGAAUAGUGGAGGGAGCUUCUAUUUUCUUUGCGAGUUGCGGUAACUCUCUGUGGUUCUAAAUCGAUAUUUUAGUGGUCCGAAAAUGUUGGAAACAUUAACUUGCUUGACCAUUCUGUAGGUAAUGUAACUGUCUGUUACAUGCAAUAUGCGUCGUGGACUUCACCAGACAGAGGUUGCUAUCCGGUUUUGUGAUUAAACAAAGGUUUGGUUGAAUUUAUUCUGCCACUGACUUCUUAUUGUCUCUGCCUUUAGGCUUAUAUAUCACGGUCACAAGGCAUAUUAAUUAACAGCAAACAACGCAAUUAUCACAACACAUAGGUUGUAAUAUGUUUUUUUUUGGGGGGGGGGGGGGGGGGGGGGGAGCUUGGCUUCCCCAGUGAUUUUACCCACGCACCCCUAAUGCUUAGGUUCUUAUUUAGUCAUCACCUUAACUGGCAAAUAAAUAAAUCAACCACUUAACAGGUCGUUUUAAAACCACCCAAAUGAAGCUACCUAUGGAACACAUCAUAGUAGAUGCAUCACUUGAUAUUGUCAAGCGCUCAAUGUUUGUCACCUCUUCCUUAGCCACUCAGUACCAUGACAAAAAAACUGCGUUUUAAAUAAUUGUAAGCAUAAGCACAAAAUCCUAGCAUUUGGCAUGAAGUCAGUGCCAAUAUGUCGAGCAGUGCAACAGCGAUAUAGCUGUGAGGGAGUGUUGUUGCUAGCCCCAGGGCCUUCUUAGUAGGAGGCUUUUUCUCAGUCAGUCUGCAUACAAAUGGCUGUGUAUGGCUAGACUGAGGUUAGUACGGUAGCUCACUUUGCCAUUCAAUCGCCAAUCACAGAGGCUGGAAAAAUCGGAGCAUAAUGUCCCUAUAGGUAUAGCCAGGACAGGUAUAAUACAGUAAACCUGGUGAUCCUCUGUAGCUCAGCUGGUAGAGCACGGCGCUUGUAACGCCAGUGGGUUCGAUCCCCGGGACCACCCAUACACAAAAAUGUAUGCACACAUGACUGUAAGUCGCUUUGGAUAAAAGCGUCUGCUAAAUGGCAUAUCAUAUCAUACUCAUAGUCAAGAAUCUUACAAUUCAACUUCCAUUUCCCCUGUUGUAUAUUCAGUCAGUGUUUACUCCAUCCUUUGCACCUUGGUAGGGUUGUGUGAGGUAACGACGGUAUGGUAUACAUUCCCUAAUGCACAUCACAUAUGCAACAGAACACUGUACAAGUCAUUAGACCUCAAAUGGAUAGAGAUAUUAGUGUGUAUCUUCUUCACUGCUUCAUAGCAUCUCGUGUGUGUAAAAAGAGUGCUAUUCAAAGGACACUGCUGGGUCCUCAUAUGGCUGUGAAUCAAUUCAGAGACCAGCUGUCUGCAUUGGCCCUUUCAUUCAUCCAAUGCUAGUAAAUGGAGGGAGAGAGCAUGGCAGGGAUGUUUACACAUUCUAUCCAACUGGUCACACCUAUUUCCUGCCAGUCAUUCACACCAGCUGGGACAUUAGCAGAAAGUUCUACACCCCCUCCACACAUUCAGGAGUUUGUCCUGUGUUGUGAAGGAUGUGGUACAUUCCAUGUAUACGUUUUGACCGGAUCUGAUUGACAUGAAAAUCCAUGGCAAUAAUAGACUACCACCACAUAUCCACUGGGAGUCAUAUCAAAUGUUAUUUGUCACAUGCUCCGUAAACAACAGGUGUAGACUAAAAGUGAAAUGCUUAAUUACGGGCCCUUCCCAACAAUGCAGAGAGAAAAGUAAUAAAUACACAAUGGGUAACGAUAACUUGGCCAUAUACACGGUGUACCAUUACUGAGUCAAUGUGCAGGGCUACAAGGUAAUUGAGGUUACAAGGUAAUUGAGGUAGGUACUGUAUAAAAUCGAGGACACCGCCAUGCAAUCUACAUAGACAAACAUUGGCAGUAGAAGGGCCUGUACUGAAGAGCUCAGUUACUUUCAAUGUGGCACCGUCAUAGGAUGCCACCUUUACAACAAGUCAGUUUGUCAAAUUUCUGCCCCGCUUAAGCUGCCCCAGUCAACUGUAAGUCCUGUUAUUGUGAAGUGGAAAUGUCUAGGAGCAACAAUGGCUCAGCCGCAAAAUGGUAGGCCACACAAGCUCACAGAACGGGACUGCUGAAGUGCGUAGCGCGUAAAAAUAAUCUGUCCUCGGUUGCAACACUCACUACUGAGUUCCAAACUGCCUCUGGAAGCAACGUCAGCACAAGAACUGUUCGUCGAGAGCUUCAUGAAAUGGGUUUCCAUGGCCGAGCAGCUGCACACAAGCCUAAUAUCUCCAUACGCAAUGCCAAUCGUCGGCUGGAGUGGUGUAAAGCUCGCCGCCAUUGGACUCUGGAGCAGUGGAAACGCGUUCUCUGGAGUGAUGAAUCAGGCUUCACCAUCUGGCAGUCCGACGGACAAAUCUGGUUUUGGCAGAUGCCAGGAGAAUGCUGCCUGCUCCAAUGCAUAGUGCCAACUGUAAAGUUUGGUGGGGGAGGAAUAAUGGUCUGGGGCUGUUUUUCAUGGUUCAGGCUAGGCCCCUUAGUUCUAGUGAAGGGAAAUCUUAAGACUACAGCAUACAAUUACAUUCUAGAUUAUUCUUUGCUUCCAACUUUGUGGCAACAGUUUGGCGAAGGCCCUUUCCUGUUUCAGCAUGACAAUGCCCCUGUGCACAAAGCGAGGUCCAUACAGAAAUGGUUUGUCGAGAUCUGUGUGGAAGAACUUGACUGGCCUGCACAUUGCCCUGACUUCAACCUCAUCAAACACCUUUGGGAUGAAUUGGAACGCCGACUGCGAGCCAGGCCUAAUCGCCCAACAUCAGUGCCCGACCUCACUAAUGCUCUUGUGGCUGAAUGUAAGCAAGUCCCCGCAGCAAUGUUCCAACAUCUAGUGGAAAGCCUUCCCAGAAGAGUGGAGGCUGUUAUAGCAGCAAAGAGAGGACCAACUCCAUAUUAAUGCCCAUGAUUUUGGAAUGAGUAGUUUGACGAGCAGGUGUCCACAUACUUUUGGCUAUGUAGUGUAGGUAGGGGUAAAGUGAAUAGGUAACAGGAUAGAUCAGGGGUAGGAAUCCUGUUCCUGGAGAGCCCCAGGUAGUGCAGGAUUUUGUUCCAACUAGGCACCACACCUGACCAACUGAGCUAAUUGAUCAGUUCAGUGAUUGCCUAAAUUCAACACACCUGGUCUUUCAGGUCGAUUAAAUUAAAAACAGGAAGUGCCUGUGGCACUCCAGGACCAGGGUUGCCUACCCCUAGGAUAGAUAAUAAACAGUAGCUGCAGCGUAUGUGAUGAGUGUGUGCUCGUGCGUGAUUGCAUGUGAGUGUUUCCAUGUGUAUGUUGUGUUUGUCAAAAUGUGUGUAGGUCAAUGUAGGCCUACAUGCAUGUCAGUGUGUGUGUGUGUGUAUCCAUCCUCUGCCAACAUCAUCGGCCAGCCAUCCAGCCAGCCCUCAGUGGCCCAGCCCCCUGACUGUCUGUCUGGCCAGACUGUCUGUCUGCCCCCUGUGGGUCUGCUGCUCUGCUACUGGAUGAUGAGCGCUAGGUAGCCUAGCGGUGCUGAGUUACUGGGAGCCAUAUGUGCAGUCUGGUGAUGGAGUCCCUGGCCUAGACACAGCAGCAGCCUAGUCUGGUCACACUCACACACACCUGACACCAGCACUACUGCUGCCACUGACCUGGUUCUCCCACUCUCUCCUUGAUUUAUUUAUCAUUUUAUCAUGUCUAUCUGUCCCUCAUCCUACUGCAGUCUUUCAUUCUCUUUAUUUCUCUCCCUACUCUACUUUAAAUCAACUCGACCAAGUUGGCAGAGGGGGAAAGGGUAGUUAUUUUUACCCACAGUAACAUCUCUGUUCCUUUGGACAUUUCAUUGUCAUCUGACUUAAGGUCAUUAUAUGACGAAAUAGCAACCUAACUGGCAAAUCAAUCAACCACUUAACAGAUAGUUUUAAAACCACCCAAAUGAAGCUACCUAUGGAACACAUCAUAGUAGAUGCAUCACUUGAUAUUGUCAAGCGCUCAAUGUUUGUCACCUCUUCCUUAGCCACUCAGUACCAUGACAAAAAAACAGCGUUUUAAAUAAUUGUAAGCAUAAGCACAAAAUCCUAGCAUUUGGCAUGAAGUCAGUGCCAAUAUGUCGAGCAGUGCAACAGCGAUAUAGCUGUGUGGGAGUGUUGUUGCUAGCCCCAGGGCCUUCUGAGUAGGAGGCUUUUUCUCAGUCAGUCUGCAUACAAAUGGCUGUGUAUGGCUAGACUGAGGUUAGUACGGUAGCUCACUUUGCCAUUCAAUCGCCAAUCACAGAGGCUGGAAAAAUCGGAGCAUAAUGUCCCUGACACCAGUACUACUGCUGCCACUGACCUGGUUCUCCCACUCUCUCUCCUUUAUUUAUUUAUUAUAUUUUAUCAUGUCUCUAGCUCUCUCUCAACCUACUGUUGUCUUUCAUUCUCUUAUUUAUUUAUCUCUUUCUGGUUUUCCUUAUUCUCUUAUUUCUCUCUCCAUCUCUGUCCUCGUUCUGCCUGCCCUCUUUUAGAUGAUCAUCUCGUUCUCUCUCUCCCUCUCACACCCCUGUGUUUUCUCAUGACCGUCACUCAUGCCAUGCCAGCCUCAUCUCCAUUCCAAGGGCACAGAUGCCUUUGUUGUUCUAGCUAGUUGGCUGAGCAAAACCUCACAAACACUAACAGAUGUAAUCUUAACUGAAAACUCUUCGUCAGUUAGCUAAGCUACAACUUAUCCAGAACGCUGCAGCCCGUCUGGUGUUCAAACUUCCCAAGUUCUCUCAUGUCACCCCGCUCCUCCGCACACUCCACUGGCUUCCAGUUGAAGCUUGCAUCUACUACAAAACCAUGGUGCUUGCCUACGGAGCUGUGAGGGGAACGGCACCUCCUUACCUUCAGGCUCUGAUCAGACCCUACACCCAAAACGAGGGCACUACGUUCAUCCACCUCUGGCCUGCUAGCCCCCCUACCUCUACGGAAGCACAGUUCCUGCUCAGCCCAGUCAAAGCUAUUCGCUGCUCUGGCACCCCAAUGGUGGAACAAGCUCCCCCACGACGCCAGGACAGCGGAGUCACUGAUCACCUUCCGGAGACACUUGAAACCCUACCUCUUUCAGGAAUACCUGGAAUAGUAUAACAGUAAUCCUUCUCCCCCCCCCCCAGCAUUCUGGUUCCUUGGUGUCCUACAGUCUGCAACAUCUCUUUUGUAGUGCAAACGUCAAGGGCCCUUCCAUUGACAGAGGACCAUUUGUUUCAGCCUCCACCAAGGCUAGUUCCUUUGUUAUUCAAUGGCGGCGAUUUGGUAGCAGACUAAUCUCAAUUUGAAAAGGGGGGGGAAGAAGAGGUAGAGGGGCUGUUCUCCGCUGGGGGUGUUCCUUGGUGAUCUGAAACCAUGAAGGAGAAUGGAGAUCUUCCUUCCCCAUGGAGAGGGGUCUCCUUCGGUGACUUAUGAAUAUUGGUUGGCGUCUCCGUCCUGUGUUGAAUGUAGGUUGGAGAUGUGGAUUUGGAGAAGGAGGUGUCCUUCCUGGCCAGACGGUGUGGACGAGAGUGGUGGGGGCGACUCCGCUCUUGAGAUCAGUGUCGUGGCGUGGUGUCGCUACAUAAGCCUAUAGUAGAUUAAUUCAGAUCCUUCGAUUAAAAUUCUCCAAGUUCCUUUGAUGGGCUGAGGCACAUGAAGUUCACUCUAUCUCUACAUGGGACGGUUGGAAGACUGGGGCUCAUUGGUAGCCAGGCAGUCAUUUCCAGGCUUUUAGAUCUAUUUAAAUAGUUGCUGGGUUGGAUUUUAGGCCUAUUUGAAACGACCCCACUAUGAUAGCUUGUCAUCUCUUAACUUUGCGGGUUGGCUGUUGUUUCAGUGUUUCAUAUUUAGUAUUUUGAUAUUUGCGUUUCUUUUUAACCGCAUUGCUGGGGUGAAGGUAGAGCUGUUAUCAAGGCUCUGUUAAUGAACCGUGUAGAGGCUUGCUUUUGUUUUAAUUGAUUUUGCCCAGUGGGAAGACAUUAAGGAUGGAGUCUGUCAUUUGUGCUUGUUAGGGUAGAGAAUAGCUGGUGAUGCCUGCCGAUUGGUGUCAUUGGUGGGCACACACCGCAUACACACGCACGCAUACACACACACUCACAAACAAACACGUGCAGUCUGUGUGAGGUGCUGCAGCUGUUGCCCAUAGACAAAGCGGACAAUGUAUGGCUUAUAUAGCCCAGCCAACCUCUUUUUGUUUGGAGAGGGGUGUCAUUUUCUCUUCCCGGGCUGACAUGGUUAGGCUAAUCUGUAAGUUAUUGAUUGGGGCUUCUGAAUGGCCAGGAUGGCAAUGAUUAGACAGGAGGUAGCUAUGGGCACGCUUCCUUUUUCAUAUCAAUGGUGGUCACAAUAAAUGAACGUUUGUCAUCCCAAGCUUGAUUCGGUCAAGAGGGGAUGUGUGUUUAUUUGAACAGGCUCAACUGAUCCAGCAAGCGCCUUUAAUAAUUUUAGAUUGCGCUUGACUGUUUGAUAGGCCAUUUGAAUGGUACACACACACACACAAACAAAGACACACACACACACACACAGUGUCAGCUCAUAGGUAACAGUGAGCCUUAGUGUCAUGGCUGUUGUCACUUUGACUGGCCACCAUGGCGGUGACCCUUGCCCAGAGAGAGAGAGAUAGCUCAGCACUUCCAUUCUUCUCUCAGAGGGUGGUGGGUGCCCCCUCCAUAUUGUGCCAGGCCCUAGGUCCUUAGUCAGCAGGCUUUACAGCAGGCUUACAUGGCAUGAGCCGCUUACCUAGCGGGAACUGCUGAGUGGGGAUACAGGAGUGAGCAUUCUGGAACCCCUCUGUAUGGCUAGUGUGAACUAACAGUAUAGGGCUCCUGUAAAGGGACCACAAAGGGCAAAAUAGGUGAAUGGCCAUUGGUUAUGUGGCCAGAGGGGCAAAUGAGGUAGCCCUUCUUCACAGGAUGGAAUCAUCCAAAGAGUCAUCCCAAAAAUGUUACAAAUUGGAAACCUUACAUGAGUCUGAAUUACGAGGUUGUGGCUGCUUCCUUGCUGUUGUCUUGCAGUCAGGACAGGUGAAAUGUAGACCUAUCAAAAAGCAUGGCGUGUUUUUAUUUGUCAAGGGUAGUUGGAAUGCUAUUUUGCUAUGAAGCAGACUACCUUUUUAUCGCGUUGCACGUCAAAGCACGCGAUCAGUGGUUGUGACAAACUGUGUGAUAAGUGGGUGCAGUACAGUACAGCAGUAGUGUACCAUUCCUCCCUUUCUGCUAGUCUGUUAUCUCUUCAGAACUGGCUUUGUGGUACUGAUGUCACAACCCUCUCAGAUCACAGCGUCUAAUCAAUCGCCUGUGUGUGCGCCUAACCUCUCUGCCAUGCGUUUGAUUAGCUCAGCAAAUCUUUACUUUCAUUCAAUUAGCAAGGUUAAAAGAUCUCAUCUUAUCAUGUUAUUUUUGCUUCACGGACAGUUUUGGGAUCCUUUUCUCAAAGUGCUUGGUAUAUUGACAUGUAAGGAAAAUACCACUCAAACUAUAUUUUGGUAUUUGUUUCAUUUGUCCACUGUUAAGUUUUCAAGAUAUAGAACAUUCAAAAUACAGAAAGUGUCACAGUAUGAUGCGUGUACAGCAGGUUGUUUUAAUUAACUGUAAGUCGCUCUGGAUAAGAGCAUCUGCUAAAUGACUAAAAUGUAAAUGUAUUUAAGCCUGUUUUAGAAUUCAAAGCCACUGCCAACAUUGUACAGGUGGAUAUCAUUCCAGAGCUAUUAAACAGUGCAACUCUAAGAAAAGCUAUGUUGUGAGAUGUGAGUUCAUAAAAACCACGAUAAUGUACAUCAAUUUUUACCAUUUUGGUGCUGGCUCAGUAGCAUGCCACUGAGGCCAGUAGCAAUAGCAUUUUACUAGCUCCGCCUCUACUGCAUACACAUGCUGUCCUACACACCUUUCCUUCCCUCAGUUACUCUUUGUGUGUGUGUGUGUGUGUGUGUGUGUGGUUGCCGUAGUCUAUAGACCACACGCAUACAUUUAGCUACACACUCCUGGACACAUCCAUACAGAAAUAUCAUAGUCAUUAAGUCGUACCAAGCUUUGAUGUGAGAGAGCACGAGAGAGAGCCUUAAGUAAGACUUGUUGGAAAGAUUGAGUUAAUGAACCAGUGUUUUUCAAAAAUGAUUUUCCUGUGUGUGUGUAUGUCCGGGUCAUUGUGUCUGUGUGCGCGCACGUUUAUGCAUGUGUGUAAUAUUCAUAUUUGGCAUUCUCGACACAAACUAUUUCUGUGCCUUCAUGAUAAACACGAUCUGUCAUUGUGGAUCCACAUUAAAGUGUGCAUGUGUGUGUGUCCCAGGUGUGUGCCUCCCACCCUGCGCACCACCACGGCCCUCACCUGUGUGUUGCGGUGCUUCCCCUGCGAGCCGUCCUGGGCCGGCAGCCCCUUCCUGCACCGCCCCCAUACUUCGCCCAGCAACAGCAACGCCGUCGCCCCUGCAACCGCCACUGUCUCCCAGGCAACUGUCGUCAUGACGCGCUCCAAGACCUUCCAGGCCUACCUGCCCAACUGCCACCGUACCUACAGCUGCAUCCACUGUCGAGCACACCUGGCCAACCAUGACGAGCUCAUCUCCAAGGUAGGCUUUUUCGGCAAGGACAAAAAAGUUGAAAUACAAUUGUGAAUAGGGCAGAUACGUCAUGUGUAGGAAGCUUUAUGUCUUGUUAAUGAAGCUGCAUAGCAGAGGAGCUGCAGGCCAGUUGUAGAUAAGCCUCAUAUUUUCACAGCUGUAAAUCCUACUGCUGGCACACUUCCUAGCAUCUACUGCAGGGCCUCAGUGUGUGUGUGUGCGUGUGCGUUUGACCGAGAGUAGAUUCUGUCUCACCGUGAUUGCUUCCUUUGCUCAUUUGCUUACGCUAACAUCAGACGUUCAUCAUGUUGCACCAGGUUGACCCGGGUUCACUUUAUUCCACCAGUUGUUGUGGUCAUUAACACAGUAACGGCCCUGACUUACUUAACACAUGUUAGGAUCAAGGAAAAGCCCUUAAUCCAUUUAGCUUUGUGUGCAACUGCAAGAGAGAAAUGAAGGGAAAUGAGAGCGAGAUCAAACCAUGAAAGAGAGGGGCGAGAGAGGUCAUCAUAUUACUGUCCCCUCCUGGAACUCUCUAGACUAGAGCAUCAUGGGUAAUAUCCCCGGCUGGAUGGAGAGGCCAGGCCACAAAGCUCUCUAAUAAACACGCACGCACACGUACACAUGGCCUCUCACAGCUUUUCAUAGACACUAGUGGGCUUUUAGUGUAAGCCAGCAGCACAUCAAAGCAGAUUGACUGUCUUCACUCUGCAAACACACAGUUUCCAUAGAAGCAGCAAGUUUUUAUGUCUGACUAAAAUAAAAAGGGCAAUGAUAGUGCGUUUGUGGGUGGUUGAUUUUGUAUGUAAUGUGUGUCUGUGUGUGAGAAAGCCAGAGAGUGAGAAAAAUUAAGAAAGAAUGUGUGUGUGUGUUAAACCAUAGAGGCUUCAUGCUUAUCUACAGUAUAUUAGAUAGCAUGGAACAUAGCCACUUCACAGCUCCACUCUCUCAUCCUAACCGCUAUCCCAGCAGGCACCACUGGGUCUCAUUCAUAGGUCAAUCCUUUGUCGGGGCUCUGGCCCUGUCCUGAUUGGCUAGUGUUCAGUUUCUGGUGUGGAGUGCAGCCAUUCCCACCCCAAUUCCAAGGUCACAGCCAUCUGCUACUUCCUGCUCCGUCUGUGGAGCCAGUCAGGGCAUACCACACCACACCACCCCAUACAGCUCCACACCUACCCAUAUACAACACUACCAUACAGCUCCACACCCCCACACUACACCACACAUACCCCAAAAAAGCUCCACACCACCCCCCCCAAACACAGCUCCACACCACAUCCCCAAACACCACACAGCUCGACACAACCCCCCAAACACAACACCCCAUACAGCUCCACACCACCCCCAUACAUGACACUACACCACAGUACCACACUACCACAUCACCUCUGUCAUAUCCAAAGCGACUUACAGUCAUGUGUACGUACAUUUUAUGGGUGGUCCUGGGAAUCGAACCCACUAUCCUGCCGUUGCAAGCGCCAUGCUCUAGCAACUGAGCUACAGAGAACCACCCCAUACCAUAUAGCUCCACACCACCCUUACACCACCCAGCUCCACCCCCCACGCUACACCACAGAGAUCCAUCCCCCCACCAUACACACACACCACACAGAUCCACCCCCCACGCUACACCACAGAGAUCCAUCCCCCCCACCAUACAGAUCCACCCAGGCUACUGGUGGCUACGGAGCUACCCACAUGUCACGAUGCGACACACACUACCAGCUCGGGAAAAGCAGCCAAUCAUAAAGCCUCCUCCCUCAGGGCUGUUUUUUCUAUGGCCAUAUGGUAGGGCAGAACUCUGACUCGGCCAAUCAAAAGGAGGCUUGUAUUAUGUGUCUCCUGGGAAUUUUUACAUUUACAUUUUAGUCAUUUAGCAGACGCUCUUAUCCAGAGUGACUUACAGUUAGUGAGUGCAUACAUUUUUUCAUACUGGCCCCCCGUGGGAAUCGAACCCACAACCCUGGCGUUGCAAGCGCCAUGCUCUACCAACUGAGCUACACGGGGCCCCUUGUCGUUGUUGAAAAUACAUUGUUCUUAAAAGCUUGAAUUGAUAUAGGUUAAAGGUAUGUACCAUAGAAGUGGAAAAACAAUACCAUAUUAGCAUAUAAUUGAAAUGUUUUUAAUGGGAUAGAGAAUGGGAUACCUUCGUUUUAGGAACGUGAGCGAUGCCAUGUGUCUGCCCUGAAGCUAGCAUCACUGUGUAAAACAGGUGAAAAUAACAACAGACCAUUCUUAAUGCCUACUCCCGUGAUAGGAAUGUAUUACUUUUCUCACCCUGUUCUCCCUCUCUCUUUGUCUCUCAUCCAGUCCUUCCAAGGAAGUCAAGGCCGAGCGUACCUCUUCAACUCAGUGUAAGUACCUGAGCCUAUUUUUAUUAUUCUCCAAAUCAAACCCCUAUAAUGUCACUUUUUCAUCCCUCUCUCCUCUGCCACCCCUCUCUAUUUCUCACAUUUUAUUUUCUUCACAUUUCACUCCGUUUAUCACAUUAUUCCUCUCGCUCUCCCUCUCAGGGUGAACGUGGGGUGUGGACCAGCAGAAGAGAGGGUGUUGUUGACAGGGCUUCACGCGGUGGCUGAUAUCUACUGUGAAAAUUGUAAAACCACGCUGGGCUGGAAAUACGUAAGUAGCUAAUUACAUAGGAAUCCCCCACAAACAUCUCUAGACAUGCAGGUGUAUAACACAUCUAUAGACAUGAUAAACAAAUGCUCCACAUUGCUGGUGUCCCUGACUUCGCUUUGUGGGCUAACUAUGUGGGUUAGGCUGUGUGUGUGGGUGGGGUCAGUGAGAGAGACCCGGGCAGUACGUGGCCUUGUAGUGUUUUAUGGCGUUGCCAUCUGUGUGAUGUUAUUAAUAUCCUCCACGAGGCCUAAUGCUCCAGCACUGUCAAAGGGCCAAAAGUGCUGCUGCUGACCUAGUACACUUAUCAAAGGGGGAUGAUAAGCACACAAAAACACACACUCUAACUCUCUCCCAUGCACAUAAACACACACUCUAACUCUCUCCCAUGUACAUGCACAUAAACACACAUGAUCACUCUCUCCCAUGCACAUGCACAUAAACACACAUGAUCACUCUCUCCCAUGCACAUGCACAUAAACACACAUGAUCACUCUCUCCCAUGCACAGUCACUCUACCGCACACUCACAAACACACACACUAAGUGUAGGACCCUGAGUGUUUUAUUAGGAUUACGUAUAUAAACACCAAGAGAGGGAGAUUAUCCCAGAUAGAAAACAUCAAAGCACACUGUUUUUUACAUUCUUGAAAAUGCUCCAGUUUUAAUCUCUUAAAACUCUCUCGUCUUCCUCCCUCUCCUCGUCUCUCUCUCUCAUCAUCUGCCCUUACCUCUCUCGCGCUCCCUCUCUCCUCUCUCUCUCUCUCCUCUCUCUCUCUCUCUUCUCUCUCUCUCUCUCUCUCUCUUCUCUCUCUCUCUCUCUCUCUCUCGCUCUCUCUCUCUCUCUCUCUCUCUCUCUCUCUGCAGGAGCAUGCCUUUGAGAGCAGUCAGAAGUACAAGGAGGGGAAGUUCAUUAUCGAGCUGGCCCACAUGAUCAAGGACAAUGGAUGGGACUGAGGGGGCUGACCUCACCAAUAAGGUUUACCGCUAGCUCAUCGACAUGACCCUAUCCACCUGACACACAGCUCAUGUACCCCCACAAUACACAGGUGUAAGGGUGUGCGAGUGUCUGUGCAUGUGUGUUUACCAGAAUGAUAAUCUCCAGUCUGAAGCAUAUACAGAUAUGCACAAACACACACGCACAGAGAUGUUUGUAUUCACUCUGCAUACUGAAGCUUGUCUCAGGCCUCAGGGUGGACAGGAUCCCACAGGUUAAGGGUUAUAGGUCAUAGGUUAUGGUCUCUCUGGGGGAUGAAUGAGAUGGACAAUGACCAUGGUACUGGACAGACAAGAAUGGACCCCC